AUGAGGUCUGAUACAUAUACUGGCAGCAGAGGAAGAACUUCAUUUGUCUUAAUUGGGUGUGAAAGGAGCGGUAAGUACAAGGGUAGGAAGAAAGAAUUUGUUAGAAAAGACACAGGUACUAGAAAAUGUGGUUGUCCAUUUAAGAUUCGUGGAAAACCAGUGCAUGAAGGUGAAGGUUGGGCGGUGAAGCUGAUUUGUGGGAUUCACAACCAUGAAUUGGUGAAGACCUUAGUUGGACAUCCAUAUGCUGGGAGAUUGACAGAUGAUGAGAAGAAUAUCAUUGCUGAUAUGACGAAGUCGAAUGUGAAACCAAGAAACAUCCUGCUAACGCUGAAGGAGCACAACAGCAGCAGUUGCACCACAAUCAAACAAAUCUACAAUGCAAGAAGUGCAUACCGUUCUUCAAUCAGAGGAGAUGACAGUGAAAUGCAACACCUAAUGAGGCUCCUUGAACGUGUCCAAUACAUUCAUUGGCAUAGAUUGAAGGAUGAAGAUGUGGUGCGUGAUUCGUUUUGGUGUCACCCAGAUGCAGUUAAGUUAUGUAACGUAUGUCAUCUUGUUUUUUUGAUAGACAGUACCUACAAAACAAAUAGGUACAGGCUCCCAUUGCUUGACAUUGUGGGGGUGACACCAACCAGGAUGACUUUCUCUGCUGGGUUUGCAUAUCUACAGGGUGAGCGCGUGAACAAUCUUGUAUGGGCAUUGGAACGGUUUCACAUAGACAAGAAUGUGAAGGCAAAGUGUAAAUGGCUUGUUGGUCAGAAGAAUGCUUGGGACUACGUAAUGGAUAGCUGGGGUAACCUGGUAGAUUGUCCUUCGGAACAGGAGUUCCCUGAGCACCUUCAAAGGGUUGAAUCUGCUCAUUGGUCUUUGAAGAGGAUAUUACAGAAUAGCAUUGGUGACCUUUGUAGUGUUUGGGAUGCAAUGAACAACAUGAUGAUGCUGCAGCACACUGAAAUUAGAGCAUCAUUCGAAACAAUUACUUUCAAGAGUAAACUCCGAGAAUUCGCGUUUCCCGAUGAGACCUCUAUGUGUCCUCCUCCAACACAGGUUAAGACGAAAGGUGCCCUGAAAAAGCAACACCUCAGUCAGACCCAGUACAUCAUCUUUUGCACCACCGAAGCCAGCAAGGAUGAUCCCUAUGUUGGAUCAAUUUCCGCCAUUUAUGCAUGGUUUCAUUGA